CGUACCACGGUUACUUCUCGCGCACAGACGGAAACAGGAGAGCGACGAGUGCGUGCCCGUGACCCUGAAGCCGGAUGGCGGCGUCGCCAUAGUCAAACAUGGCAGAUCUCGACGCGAUCUACGAAGAGGACGACGAAGACCUGAGGGCCAACGAAGAUUCGUUGGUGAGCCUCGCACCCGAACCGAUGGUCAUACGAGGCGCCGGAAACAUGACAGUCAUCGGAUUCUCACUACGGUUCAUGACCCAUCCGCCUGCAAUUCUAACCGCGGCCGUGGCUCCAGAAGAAUUCAAAGCUACCAUGGUGCGCAUCAACAGCGUCCUGCGCAGGACUCUACCCGUGAACGUCAAGUGGCUUUUCUGCGGCUGCCUGUGUUGUUGCUGUACCCUCGGAUGCUCGCUCUGGCCCGUCGUCUGCUUGAGCAAACGGAUGCGGCAUUCGAUAGAGAAAGUCCUGGACUGGGAGAAUAGUCACCUUUACCACAAUGUCGGUCUACAUUGGAAGCUUGGAAAGAAGUGGUGCGAUUCCAACAGCAUGAUGGAAUACAUGCUGCUCGUCGAAUUCAUCCCCAAGUUGGCCAUCCAUCGGCCCUACUAA